AUGUCAUCAAAUAAAAAGAUUGAUGAUUCUAUAGAAAUGAUUUCGUCAAAUGAAAUACAGGAUAUUUCUGCUUCGAUAUCCCAGAGAUUGCCUUAUAAUGAUGAUUUAGAAUCACAUACAACUACUAAUUUAAUAGAUGAUUCACUUCAUAACACGAUCGCAGAGUCGUCUAAUGGUUCAUCGCAUAAUAGAUCAAUGUCAAGAAGAGAUAGUAUUCGUCACGCGGUAAAUAGAUUAAGUACUAUGAUAUCAGGUGGAAACCAAGAUGAUACUGGUCGUGAGAUACCAAUUAAUCCAAGUAAUCAACCUUUAAUAGAUCCACGUACAAAAAAACCAUUCAUUAAUAAUUCAAUAACAAGUUCAAGAUAUAAAAUUUAUGAUUUUUUACCAAAACAAAUCAUUUAUCAAUUUUCAAAGAUAGCAAAUUUUUAUUUUUUAUUUGUAGCAAUAUUACAAUCUAUACCUGAACUUUCUCCAACUGGACGGUUUACCACCAUCAUACCACUUAGUAUAUUUAUGUCAAUUGCUAUAGCUCAUGAAGGUUUUGAUGAUUAUCGUAGACAUAAACAAGAUCAAAUAGAAAAUAAUAAAGAAUGUUCUGUAUUAAAUGUUUAUAAGUCAAAUGAUUCUACUACUCAACAUCUUGGUGUUUGGCGAAAAACUAAAUGGAGAAACGUAAAAGUUGGAGAUUUUGUUUCUGUCAAAGCUCAAGAAUGGAUACCUGCAGAUUUACUUUUACUUCAUUCUAAAGGUGAAGAAGGUGCUUGUUAUAUUGAAACCGCCGCUUUGGAUGGUGAAACUAAUUUAAAACAACGUCAAGCUUUAAAAGAAAUAAAUUCAAGUGUCACUACUCCUGAAGCUCUUGCUAAUUUUCGAGCAACUGUUAAAACAGAGAAUCCAAAUCAAGACUUGUAUAAUUUUGAUGGGUCAAUUUCUUUAGCAAAUAAAAAAACAUGUUCACUUUCAAAUAAUCAAAUACUUUUACGUGGAACAAUUCUUCGUAACACACCUGAAAUUUAUGGAUUAGUUAUAUUUACAGGAGAAGAAACAAAAUUACGUAUGAAUGCAUCAAAAAAUAUUCGUACAAAAGCUCCAAGUAUACAAAGAUUGAUGAAUAAAGUAGUUAUCAUCAUUUUUUGUUUUGUGAUAACUUUAGCAAUAUUAUGUACAGUAAUGUCAUUAUUAUGGGACGAAGAUAUUGGAAAGGAAUCAUUUUACUUACCUAAGAAAGGCAAAAUUAUUAAUGCUUUGGCGAGUUUUAUCAUUUUAUUUAAUACAAUGAUUCCAAUAUCGCUUUACGUUACCAUGGAAGUUAUUAAAUUAACCCAAGCUUAUUUUAUUAAUAAUGAUGCAGAAAUGUAUCAUCAAGAAACUGAUACACCCGCUGAAGCAAGAACUUCUACAAUUAAUGAAGAAUUAGGUCAAGUUAGUUAUUUGUUCUCAGAUAAAACUGGUACCUUAACCGAUAAUAUUAUGUUAUUUAGAAAAAUAAGUGUUGGUGGAAGAGCAUUUAUGCAUGACUUGGAUUUAAGGAGAAUUGAAGAAGAUGAUUUAUUGAGAAUGAUGAAACAACCUCAAAGAUCUAAAACGUUUCAAAGAUUUAUUAAAAGGCUAUCAUUAUCUACAAGAUGGCAUAAUCGUUCUCAAACUCGUGAUGACACGAAUGAUGGAGAUGAAACAAUUCAACUUAAUCGUAGUGAUUCAACACGAAGUGGAAGAUUUUCAAUGAUAGCACCAAAUUCAACUGGUCCUUCACCAUUAUAUAGACGUGAUUCAACUUCGGGAAAUUCUUUAAGAUCGGUUAAAGGCAAAACAGUUCAACAAAUGAAAUCAACUUUAGAUCUAUUAACAAUUUUGCAACAUCAAACUAAUACACCAUUUUAUGAAAAAGCAAGAUUUUUCUUAUUAGCUAUUGCAUUAUGUCAUACUUGUGUUCCCGAAAUUGUUGAAGAAACUCAAGAUGUAUUUUAUCAAGCGGCGUCACCUGAUGAAUUUGCUCUUGUUACCGCAGCAAAAGAAUUAGGAUAUAUCGUUACGGAUCGUUCAAUGGGUUCAGUUUCUUUAAAAAUUAAUAAUGAUGGACCUAAUGGAUUGAAAGUUCCAGAUUCAUCUACAACAACGUAUGAGAAUUAUAAGAUCUUAAAUGUUAUUGAAUUUUCAAGUAAACGGAAAAGGAUGUCAGUAAUAUAUCGUUUACCUGAUGGAAGAAUAUGCUUACUUUGUAAAGGAGCUGAUUCAAUUGUACUCGAAAGAUUAAGAGAUCCUGUCAAUAAACCAAGAAAGGGUAAAGAUAAAAAAGAAAAAUACGAUGAGGAAAGAAGUAAUGAAAAACGCCCAUUACAUGGCCUUCGAGUUGAUACUAAUAUUGUUGGUCGAAAUGCAAACAAUCAAUCUGAAUCAUCAGUUAUUUCUUCAAUUUCAAAUACACCAAUAACACCUUCAUCGACGCAUGAAUUUUACGCUUCAUCAAUUUCCAUUAGACAAGCACAUGAACGUAGUCUUAGUAUAAGAACAGUUGAUUCAGAUCGUUCAGUAGUCGAUUUACUUCCAAUGCACGAUGAAAAAUGGCUAUAUAGUCAAACAAUGUAUCAUAUUCAAGACUUUGCAACGGAAGGACUUCGUACAUUACUUUAUGCUCAUAGGUUCAUGGAUGAAGAAGAAUAUACAACAUGGAAUAAUUUAUAUCAAGAAGCAUCAACUGCACUUGUUGAUAGACAACAAAAAUUGGAAGAUGUGGCAGAAUUAAUAGAACGUGAUUUAGAAAUUACAGGAGCAACGGCAAUUGAAGAUAAAUUACAAAAUGGAGUACCAGAAACAAUUGAUAAUUUACGUAGAGCUGGUAUAAGAGUUUGGAUGUUGACAGGGGAUAAAAAGGAGACGGCUAUUAAUAUUGGAUAUUCAUGUUCAUUAAUUAAAGAUUAUUCUACAACAAUUAUUAUUGAUUCAAAUACUGAUUUGAAAUCAAUGAUGAAAAGAGCAUUAAAAGAUGUUAAGAAUGGUAAAGCACAACACCCAGUUGCAAUUGUAGAUGGGGCAACACUUAUGAAAAUUGAAAAGAAUCCAGAUAUGAUGGAAAUAUUUGUUGAUCUAGGAAUAUUGUGUGAAGCUGUUAUAUGUUGUAGAGUGAGUCCAUCACAAAAAGCUCUCGUAGUUAGAAAUAUAAGAAGUAAACUAACAAAUUCAGUGACAUUGGCAAUCGGAGACGGAGCAAACGAUAUUGCUAUGAUACAAGAAGCUCAUGUCGGUAUUGGAAUAACAGGACGUGAAGGAUUACAAGCAGCACGAUCAAGUGAUUAUUCAAUAGCACAAUUUAGAUUUUUGAGUAAUUUAUUAUUUGUGCAUGGUAGAUGGUCUUAUGUUAGAGUAUCGAAAUUUGUAUUAGGAACAUUUUACAAAUGCAUGUGUUUUUAUUUAACACAAGGAUUAUUCCAACUAUUUACUGGAUUUUCUGGUACCAGUUUAUAUGAACAAUGGACAUUAUCAUUUUAUAAUACAUUAUUUUCUUCAUUGCCUGUAAUAGUUAUCGGAAUGUUCGAAAAAGAUUUAAAUAUGAAAACGGUACUUGGAGUACCUGAGUUAUAUAGGUUAGGCCAACGUAAUGGCGGAUUUAAUCUAAAAUUAUUCUUUACAUGGAUGGGGGCUGGAAUAUUUCAUGCUUUUAUUAUAAUAGGAAUACCAUUUCUUAUACAUGGACUUUGGGACGGAGAUGAAUUAGGAAUAUUCGGAACUCCACAAUUAUAUGAAUUGGGAAUGACUGUAUAUAGUUGUGUAGUAUUUGUUGUAACAAUUAAAAUUGCUUAUUUAGAAUGUCAUAAUUGGUCAAUAAUAACUCAUAUUACAUCAAUUUUAACAUUAAUUGGGUGGUAUUUAUAUCAAACCAUUUAUUCUUUCUUAUAUCCAAGGAGUACUGGAGAAUAUGAUGUUAAUGGUACUUUUCAAAGAAUUGGUGGUAAAUCAGAGUAUUGGACUACUGUUAUUUUAACUGUUAGUUGUGCUCUAUUACCUAAUUUAUUUGUUAAAGUAGUUAAAAGUAUUAUAUUACCUACUGAUGUUGAUAUUUAUCAAGAAAUUGAAAAGGAUAAAAAACUUUUAGAUAAACUAAUUGAAGAAGGAAGUAAUAAUGGUGAUGAUGAUAUAGAAGGUGGAUUUAAAAGUAAUAAAGUAAAUGAGAAUAAUAGUGAUAAAAAAGAUAAUAUUAAAUCCGAACAUAAUAUUAAUGAAAUUAAUAUGGAUAAUAUAAUUAGGGGUAGUGUUGAUGUGAAUAGAUCUUUAGAAACUAAUAAUAAUUAUAAUCAAAGUAGUAAUGAUGCGUUAAUGACAAUGGAAAAUGGUAGUAGUUCUCCGACAAGUACAGCAAUAAGUAUGGCUGUUAGCAACACAACUACGUUAUCUCCACAUUCUCCUACAAGAUUAAGAUCUAAAAAUUCUUUAGAUAAUUUCUCUUUUCCAAAACAAGAACAAAAGAAUAAUGAAAUUCCUCCCCCAUCUUAUCAUUAUCAUGGAAGCGGUAACGCUAACGCUGACAAUACAAAAACUAUUACUCCAAAAAGUAGUUUUGAAAGUUUUAGUCAUUUAAAUCAUGGUAAUAAUGGUAGUAAUAUGGAAACUUUAAUUGAAGAAACUGAAGAUGAUUUACAAAGCAAAAGAAGUUCUGGUAAUUUAAUAUAA